AUCACAUACAAAAAUGGUGAAGGCCGUCGCCGUCCUUAACAGCAGUGAAGGUGUUAGUGGCACCAUCCUCUUCACUCAAGAUGGAGAUGCUCCAACCACAGUUAAUGGAAAUAUUUCUGGCCUAAAACCUGGACUUCAUGGCUUCCAUGUCCAUGCCCUUGGUGAUACCACAAAUGGCUGCAUGUCAACAGGACCACAUUACAAUCCUGCUGGUAAGGAGCAUGGUGCUCCUGAAGAUGAGGUGCGUCAUGCUGGUGAUCUUGGUAACAUCACAGUUGGAGAAGAUGGUACUGCAUCUUUUACUAUUACCGACCAGCAGAUUCCUCUCACUGGUUCACAAUCCAUCAUUGGAAGAGCUGUUGUUGUUCAUGCUGAUCCUGAUGAUCUUGGAAAGGGAGGACAUGAGCUCAGUAAAAGCACUGGAAAUGCUGGCGGAAGGAUUGCUUGUGGUAUUAUUGGCCUCCAGGGUUAA